GGUGGGCGCCAUAUUGGAGUAAAGCUAUUGUUAUAAGGAGAGAGGGGAGGAGGAGAAAGAGGGGGGCUGCUGCUGGCUGACUUCAUUUUUUCUACUGUUGCGAUCUAUACAUAGAGGGUCUUUUCUACGAAGGGUCAUGAGAGAAAUGUCAGCAGCCAGUACUAAUAUGCUUAGUGGGCAGCAGCCUCAGAAACACUAUGGCAUCACGUCCUCGAUCAGCCUGGCCUUUCCCAGGGAGAUAGACCUCCUGUACACUCAGAAGCUCAUAGAGGCCAUGAAACCUUUUGGAGUGUUUGAGGAUGAAGAUGAACUCAAUCACAGACUUGCAGUUCUUGGAAAACUUAAUUCAUUUGUUAAAGAGUGGAUUGCAGAAAUCAGUGAAACAAAGAAUCUGCCACCUUCAGCUGUAGUGAAUGUUGGAGGCAAAAUCUUUACCUUUGGGUCUUACAGACUGGGAGUGCACACAAAAGGUGCUGAUAUAGAUGCUCUUUGUGUGGCACCUCGUCAUGUUGAGAGGAGUGACUUUUUCUCAUCUUUCUUUGAAAAACUGAAGCAGCAUGAUGAGAUCAGGGACCUACGAGCUGUGGAAGAUGCCUUUGUACCAGUAAUCAAAUUCAAGUUUGAUGGGAUUGAGAUUGAUCUUCUUUUUGCAAGACUUGCUCUGCCGUCCAUCCCUGAUAACCUGGACCUUAGAGGAGACUCUCUGCUUAGAAACCUAGACAUAAGAUGUAUUCGCAGUUUAAAUGGUUGCCGUGUUACUGAUGAGAUCCUGUACUUGGUUCCUGAUAAAGAGAACUUCAGACUUACCUUGAGGGCGAUCAAACUGUGGGCUAAGCGCCGUGGAAUCUACUCCAACAUGCUCGGUUUCCUUGGUGGUGUGUCCUGGGCCAUGCUGGUAGCUAGAACCUGUCAGCUUUACCCAAAUGCUGUGGCUGCCACCCUUGUGCACAAGUUCUUUCUUGUCUUUUCCAAAUGGGAGUGGCCAAACCCUGUGCUUUUAAAACAGCCUGAAGACAGCAAUUUGAAUCUGCCAGUCUGGGAUCCUCGGGUAAACCCUUCAGACAGAUACCAUUUGAUGCCGAUUAUCACACCUGCAUACCCCCAACAGAAUUCCACCUACAAUGUUUCCACCUCUACGCGCACUAUCAUGAGCGAGGAAUUCAAAUAUGGCCUUACAGUUACAGAUGAAAUCCUUCAGGGUAAAGCUGACUGGUCCAAGUUGUUUGAACCGCCAAACUUUUUCCAGAAGUACAAGCAUUAUAUUGUGCUCACUGCCAGUGCAUCCACUGAGGAGAAUCACUUGGAAUGGGUUGGUCUGGUAGAGUCUAAGAUCAGAGUUCUGGUCGGCAAUUUGGAGCGCAAUGAAUACAUCACUCUUGCACACGUAAACCCACAGUCUUUCCCAUGGUCAAAGGAGAGCCGCAGCGAGAAUGAGUUUGUGUCAAUGUGGUUUAUUGGAAUCAACUUCAAGAAAUUGGAGAAUGCUGAUUGUGUGAACAUUGACCUAACCUAUGACAUCCAGUCCUUUACAGACACCGUCUACAGGCAGGCCAGCAACAUUAACAUGUUGAAGGAUGGGAUGACCAUUGAAGCCACACACGUAAAGAAGAAGCAGCUACACCAGUACCUGCCUGCUGAAAUGGUGCACAGGGGCAAGAAGAAGAGCCUAGGAGACCUGAACCGCAGUUCUAACAGUGGGGGGUCAAAACGCUGUUCACUGGAUGGCAGUCAGCUUGAUAGUUCCAGAGAUACAGAUACAGGCACCCCUUUCAGCUCACCCACCCCAGUCAGUAAAGCAUGCAAAUCAGCAUCCACCCCUGGCGACAGUAUUACCCCUCCCAAACCUCCGGCCCCACUGUAUGUGGAAUGCUCCCCAGUCUCUGAGCCCUCUCCUUCUGAAAAUGAGCUGGGAAUGUCCAUACCAGUCAUUGGAGCAACUGCAGUAAUGGCCAAGUCCACUGCACCCCCUGUAGGCAGCACUAUUCCCACUGUGGUGGGCCGAAAUGUCAUUCCGCAUAUGAGCUCGCCAAAUGCCAGCCCAUCUGACCUGCCCAAUGGCCUUAAUGGAGCUGCCCCUAAGAGACCCCAUUCACCCUCAUUGGAGGAACCACCCAAGAAACUCAAGGACACCGAGCAGAUGUUCUCAGAUGAUUCUGCAUUUAAAGAACCCUACCCACCAUCUAGUAAUGGACAGGAUCAAGGAGAUGGCCCUGCAGUGGAGGGCCUUGCAGUGACACAACCUAUGCCUAUUCCAACUAUUGAUACAUCAAGGACACAGAGACUGCCCAGUAAGGAGCUGCCAGAUGCCUCCUCUCCCAUUCCCACAAACAACUUGCGAGUCAUUAAGAACUCAAUCAGACUCACUCUUAACCGAUAGCAGUGAACUCUCCACAGGUAAUGUUGAGUGUGGCAGCCACUCCAGGUUUUUGUUUCUCUUUGAGUUUGCCCUCUUUCACACAGCUGUCUGCACAGAGCCAGACCAAUGUGGCCAGAGAGAGUGCUCUCGCUGCCUAUAGUGUGCAUCUGAUCUUCCAGAUGACUUGUAAAUGUUACAAUUGUAAAGUAUUAGACUCUUGAAUUUUUUUUUUUUUUAAAUACCGCCUUAAUGUGUCAAUGCUUGCUGAGUAAACACCUAUCUGAGAGUGUUUUGAAGCGUAACUUGUACAGUAGGUGUAGUUUGUAUAUAAUGUCUUUAAAAUCCAUUGUUAGUCUUUCUAUACCAUUCUAAUGUAGUUUUUACUAACAAAAAAAGGUAAAAAAAAAAAAAAAAGUCUUGUUUGUUCUUGUAAAAAAGAAUCCCCAUUGUUUUUGUCAGUCUUCCUCCUCACUCACGGUCUUUUGUUAUCACUGUAUAUGUUCUGAUGGGGGUUUGAGGAGGAUUGGAGGGGGGGGGGGUGCGAAUGGGCCUGCAUUGUCAUAACUAGGACCCCUUUACUGAUAUCAACCCAGUCAUCCAUUACAGAUGUAUUUAUCCUUCCAGCAUCAAAGUGAGAGGGCUGCUGUUGGGUAUGGUUAGUAGGGCGAGGAUUACUGAGCAGGUCAUGAGUAGUCUUGUUUUGCUGAAAUGGUUUAUUGCUUUGCUGAAUGGCCUCAGAGUGAAUUUAGUGUGUAUGCGUGCAUGUGUGUGAAUGACAGAAUUAUUCCCUGACUUUAGGGCUUCACCCCUGCGCCUCCCAUGGAGGUUUCUUUGGCAGCAUCUGAAUUUCAUUGAGCGCAAAAAUGACAUGUUGAAUUUCCCAUUUGUUUUUUUCCAUAAACUACUGUUUUGCCCCUGUUGUACAGAGAAGCAUCAAUAUGUAUUAUUUCAAAAAGAGGCUUAAUAUUCAUUUUGGGGUUCCUUAACCUUUUAUUUAUAUUUGCUUAUUUGUACCAUGUAAUUUUUAUAUCACAGGCGUUGCAGUUGGAGUUUUCUUCAGAACAUCAUUUACACCAUUCAGUUUUGAGACAGACUUCUUGUUGAAUUUGCUUUAGGGAAACUACUGUAUAUGUAUUAUAUAGUAGUUAGUUGUCCUGUUAUUUUAUUUUUUUUUUGUUUAGUUUUUUUUUUUUUUGGUAGGGUAAAAGUUAUUUCAAAGUGUAUUUUUGUAUGUAAUGUAUUCUGCCUCCUUUAAACAGAGACCAUAAAAUUUCACAAAACCCCA